AUGACGGACAGGCAGAGAGCGGCCUGGGAGACCGAGAGGGCUCUGGUGUGGCUGCAGCUGGGUAGGGUCGGGGAGGCCGUUGUCGGGCUCAAGAGCGCGCUUGGCUGGGACGCGGGGGACCUCCGGGUGCUGCAGCCGUUGGGCGCGGCUCUUGUGGCUCAGGGGUCCGUGGCGGAAGGCUUUCGCUACCUGCGGGAGGCUGCCGAGCUGCAAAAGAGCAGGAUCGCCACCGUAUUCGAACAGAUCGUCCGGAACCAGGGGUUGGAUCCUUCAGUCUUGGAGACGAAGAAUCGAAAGGAGGUGCUGGUGACCCAGCGGAACUGGAUGGCGAUGUUCCUGGGAUGGGCUCUGCAAGGGAAGUGGAAGAAGCUCGGCGGUUCGGUGCACGUGCUCCGAAGGGUGGACAACUUCUUGAGGAGGCAUUUUUCGGCAGACUCCGAGAUUUCCUUCAUGCUUGGUCGAGAGCUCUCUAAGCGCGGGUUCCAGAAGGAGUCUUGGCACUACCUCACCAGCGCGGCGGCACCGUGGAACAGACAGAUUUACCGGAUCCGAUCAGCCCUGUCAAUCCCGACCGUGGCAAGCAGCGAGCAGGACCUCGCGCUAGCCAUGGCAGCCCUGGAGGGUUGGUUAAGGCGCCAGGAGCCCCCUGUCGAAGACCCGCCGGAAACCGCUCGGCGUCACGGCCACCGCACCACCACCACCAGCAGCAGCAGUAACGGUGGUGGUGACUUCGAGACGCCCUUGUCGACCUGCUCGUUCGGGGCGUUAAACUAUCCCGACGUCGCGUUCGACAGCCUCCCGCUGCUGGCGUUCGCGGACCACCGGUACCCGCGUCGAAAUCGCGGCGGUUUCGAAGCCGUCGACGCCGAUUAUCGCCGCUCUCCUGCGGGCGGGGGCGGCGACAAGGACGAGGGUGUGCCGCCGCGGGGGGUCAGUGGCGAAGUCGACGGAGACGCCUGGAGAAAGCCGGGGUUGGCGGGCCGAUCGGCAUGGAAGGGGUUAGACGAGAACGGAGAGGACGACGCUGAUAGGAUGUCCCUCUACGGGCCGAUCGGACGGCUGUUUGGGAGGCUCUGUCCCGACCUCGGGGCCUUCGUGGCUCCCUGGUUGGACCGAUACGGCGGGGCCUCCAGCCUGGCUCCGGAGGCGGACGGGGGGCUCCGCGGAGAGGCGGACGGGAGGGUCAGGGUAGCUUUCGUGUCGUCGCGGUUCGGGAACCACGCCACGACCAAGGCACUAGCCGCGCUCAUGCGUUUGCUUCCCCGGCAGCAUUUUGAGGUGAUUCUGGGGUCAUGGCCGACGCCUUCCGACGACUGGACCGAGGAGCACGUGCUCGGGAGCACCGAGAGCCGUUCCGCCAACCUCGUGUUCAACCGCACCGCCUCCCUCCAGAAGCUGGCACAUAGGCGGCCGGAUGUGGUGGUCUUUGCCGACGCGCCUUUCGACGCAAAGACCUACUUCUUGGCGUUCGGGAGGGUGGCACCCGUCCAGAUCGCCCUUUGGGGCCACGCUCCGACGCUCGGCAUCGGCUCGAUCGACUACUACGUUGUCCCCGAACCCCUUGUCGCGGACGCCUGGCUGGGAGACGACGAACUCCAGAAGGCGAGAGACUCGACAUGCGAGGGGGAAGCAAUCGACGACGAAGAGGAGGACGAUUUCCUCUUCUGGGAACGUCCGGCCGGGCCUGAUGGCAGUGGAAGCGACGGCGGCAUGAAGCACCGGGGGGUGCGCCACGGGAGUGACGCUACCGCCAGUGACGGAGGGGGUGGAGGGGGUGUUAGCGGUAGGCACAGGAAUGACGCCUGGCAAGGUCGGAGAGACCCGCCGAGGAGCUUCGUGUUUCCGGAACCCCCGACAAGAGAUUACGCGGGGCCCCCGCUCGAUCCGUUUGAUGAUGACGGUAACGGCGAGGAACCACGGAACGCGUUCCGGUGCCGAAACGGAUUACCGCCGAGAGCGGGGGGGUCGGGGCCGGCGACGGGGGCGGUGGACCCUGAGAAGAAAGUCGGACAAACGUCUGGGGCGGCGGCGGCGGCGGCGGCGGCGGCGGCGACGGGGCCGGGGCCGGGCGUAGAAGCAGGGGGAGGUAGAGCGGGGAGUGCAGGCCGUAGCGGGAUGCGGCUGAAGGUGGGCAUGGCCGCGGCUGCGGAAAUGGAAGGGGCAGAGGAGGACUAUGACGACUAUGACGACGAUGACGACGACAUGAACCUGUACGGCAUAUUUACCGAUGACGGCGACCUCGUGGAGUACGAGAGCCUGGUGGCGACGCUGAAAGAGAGGGGCAAGGGGCGGGAGGAGCUGGAGCGAAUCGUGAGCGCGCUCCUGGACGAACAGGCGCUCCUGGACGAGCAGGAGGAAGAGGGGGGAGACGCGAAUGGGGACGAGGGGGGGUGGUGGCCGGAAGAAGGCCGAGAACGAGGCGACGACAGUGUUGCUACGAAGAAUCAGCACGGACAACAUUAUCCGUACGGCGGCGACGUCGAGAGGAGUGCCCGGAUCCACCAGCAUGCGCGGAGCAGAGCCGCACGAGACGAUGCCCAGAACGGUGCAGCGAAGAGCCCCGCCAGGUCGCGACAGGAGGAGAUCCUGAGGAGGCACGUGAUAGGCCCCGGGCGCUUGAUCAUCGGCGGAGAGGAAGUCGAUGUCGGGUACUCGAACGGCGGCGGCGGCGACGGCGACAACAUUUUCGGCGGAAGAGGCACAUACGCCGAUGAUUUCGACGAAGAUGAUGACGACCAAGGGGUGUACGAGGACGGCCUGUUCGUGGACGAAUACGGCCGCGUCUUCGACGGCGAGGUGUUUGUGGACGACUUCGGCGAAGGUUUCGAUGGCGAGCUGUACGUGGACGACUUCGGUGAUGCCUUCGACGGGGUCUAUGAGGGUGUUCUCUACGAUGAUGACGACGUCGAGGGGGACGGGGGAGGCGUCUAUUUCUUCAGGAACGGUGACAAGCCGCUGGGCGAUGAUGGAGGCUUCGCGGAUGACGAUUAUUUCCAAGAGCACUACUACGACGGUGGUGACAGGGGCUGCGAUAGGAGCAGCGGCGAUUGGCCACGCCCGUGGGCCGGUGUCGACUACGCCGAGACGGUGGAAGAGCAAGUGGUUUUCUUGGAGAGCUUGGGCGCGUUUGUGCAGCCUCCCGGGUGGGGGGGGCGGCUCGGCAGUGGACGGCUGGCGAGGCUUGCGGACGCUUCGGAGAUGAGACGAAGGCACCUGUUGCCGGAGAUGUCGUACUUGGCGGUGCUGCCCAUCCCGGUAUACCACUUCCACCCGGAGUUCGAUGUAGCCGUGGGCAUGCUUCUCGAAAGGCACCCUUCGAUCCACGUGGUGGUGGUGGUUGAGGAAACCACCGCGGAGGCGUUGAGGACGGAGGGGGAGUUCUACCAGCACGACCACCUGCAGUACGCCUCGCCCCCCCUGUGGACGGAGAAGCUGCGCUCUCGUCUUGCUGCUCGCGUGGGCGAGAACAUCUGGCGGGUGCACCUCCUCCCUCCGGUGGACUCGUGGGACUACUUCGCCAUCCUCGGGGUGGCGGACGUGGUUCUGGACCCGUUUCCCGUUGGCAACCUUCACGCCGCCGUGGACGCCUUCGCCCUUGGAACUCCGGUGGUAACCCUGCCCUCUCGGCAGAGAGCGGGGGCUAGGUACGUGCAGGCGCUGGCGAGCGAUCUCGGGCUGCCGGCUAGCUGUUGCGCGGCGGCGACGCUGAGCCACUACGUCGAUCUCGCGGCAAGGCUCUGCUUAGACGAGGAAUGGGCCGACGAGGUAUCGGACAUCCUCUACGCCGUCAGGGACUGGGUUUACCUCACCCCGGAGGCGCCACGGGAAAAACCGCACGACCGGAGGCCUCCACAACCCCAAGCGGAUCGAUUCUCCGUGGACGACCACAGCCAAAGCGCACGAGAAGGAUGCGGCGGUGCAGACGGCGCUGACCCUCCUCGCGCUGUCCGGAGGGGCGGGCGGUACUCGGCCUGGGCUCGAGGGCGACGGCACGUCCAAGAGUGGGCCGGAUUCUUGUGGAGAGUGAGCAGGCCGGGCGUUCCGGCAGAGUUUCCCGUGGACUUGCGGCAGGAGGGUGGGGCUACGCGUAGUCAAUACUGUUCCGCAGGGAGGCGGCCAAACGCGUGCGGUUCCUGUGCGGCGAGGCGGAAGGCGGAGAAACGCGCUGCGGCGGCGGCGGGGGCGGCGGGGGCGGCGGCGGGAUGA